AUGACUUGUUGUGGAUGUAUGUGGAAAUCCGGAGGAGAAGAUUUGCAAGGUUUCUAUCCGGUUAGAUCAGAAUGUCAAGCAGAUGUUCCAAGAACACGAUUCAAAUCAAGGGCUGGAAAAACUUUAAGUAGGAGAAGAUGGCACGCAGCGUUUACUGAAGAUGGGCAUUUGGAUAUGGAGAGAGUUCUUCGUCGUAUACAGCGAGGGGGGAUUCAUCCAUCAAUCAAAGGUGAAGUUUGGGAGUUUUUGUUAGGUGGUUACGAUCCGGACAACACAUUUGAUGAAAGAACUAAGAUGAGAAACCACAUAAGGGAGAAGUACUAUGCUUGGAAAGAAGAAUGUAAUAACAUGGUUCCUCUAGUUGGUAGUGGCAAGUUUGUCACAACGGUUAUUGUUGCUGAAGAUGGUGAGCCAUUAAAAGAAUAUUCGGUAGAGAAUCAAGAAUGGCUUGUGAAAACCGUUGUUACAGACAAGCAUGUGCUACAGUGGAUGCUAGUGUUGAGUCAAAUAGGUCUUGAUGUUAUUAGAACGAAUCGCUAUAUGUGCUUUUAUGAGAGAAAGAGUAACCAACCAAGACUUUGGGAUGUUCUUGCUAUAUACACAUGGUUGAAUCCAGAUAUUGGUUAUGUUCAAGAAAUGAAUGAUAUAUGUUCUCCAAUGAUAAUACUAAUAGAAGAUGAAGCUGAUGCUUUCUGGUGCUUUGAGCGUGCAAUGAGAAGACUAAGAGAAAACUUUAGGACAAUGGCGACGUCAAUUGGGGUACAGACUCAGCUUGGUAUGCUCUCACAGGUCAUUAAAACCGUUGAUCCUAGGCUCCACCAACAUCUAGAUCUAGACGGUGGAGAGUAUAUGUUUGCUAUAAGGAUGUUGAUGGUUUUGUUCAGGAGAGAGUUCUCCUUCCUUGAUGCCUUGUGCCUUCGGGAGAUGAUGUGGGCUAUGGACUACAAUCCAAACAAUUUUGCAUCAUAUGAAAAGCCAGAGAAUGGAACCAAACAGGAUCCUAGGUUACUAAAGCAGUAUGGUAAGUUUGAGAGAAAGUAUAUAAAGAGUGGUCAAAACGAGCAACACCACAACACGCUUGCUGUUUUCGUUGUGGCAAGUGUUCUUGAAACAAAGAACAAACGUCUCUUGAAAGAAGCUAAAGGCCUAGAUGACGUUGUUCAGGUCUCUCUCUAUCUCUCUACACCGAGAAACCUAAUGAGAAAACUUAACUCUUUAGUGUCUUUUUGGGUUGCAGAUAUUGGGUGGCAUUGCGAGAAUUUAGACGCAAGAAAAGCGUGUAAAGAAGCGUUGAAGAUUCAUGAAAAGUUCUUGAGAAAGGUGAGACUACUCUUCUACUAA